UCUUUAACACAGUCCACAUGACAGAAUACAGACAAAGAACUCCAUUCAGGUCAAUAUUGCAAUGCUUUACGUAAAAAACAGGAUUCAGAAAAGCUUAUUUGUUGCAUAAUGAGCGUAAAUGCAUAAUAUUCGUGUUAGUAUUAAACACAAAAGAACCACUGAUAGUUAAAAGUGUUUCUGUAGUUUUAGACUUUUUUUCUUGAUGCUUUUUUUUAAUCAGACGCCAUAUGCACGCCUUCAGGACUCGACCCCCUUUUCUCCCCCUCUGAACAGACUGGUCUUUUCCCAUUCCCAUUAUUGCAGUUUUUGUAUCACCGGGUUUGGAAGUGAAGUUUAGUUUCUCCCAGUUUUUGAACAGCAGCUGGGCAGAACAUCGAGUGAACAUGUAGAAAUGGAUUUUAUGAGGCUUUUUGGCACCGUUAUCGCCGUUUUGUUUCACCCUGGAUCCGCUUCGAAAAUAAAUGGCCAGAAAAUCUGCCGACGCGGGACGGAGCGGCCAUGCUAUAAGGCAUCCUACAUCCAGGACAGCAGGCGGAGGCUGACGUUUGAGGAUGCCAGGCAGUCCUGCAGGUCAGAGGGAGGCGAGCUGCUCAGCAUUGAGACAGAGAGUGAGCAGCGCUUGAUAGAGAGCUUCAUACAAAAGCUGAAGGUUGGAGAUGGUGAUUUCUGGAUUGGGCUCCGUCGCAGACCUCCGCAUCACCGGACAGGGAAUAAUAACCCAGGAUGCCCCUCGCAGUACUAUUGGGUCGAUGGAAGCAAGGCCAAGUACAGGAACUGGAACUGGGAUGAGCCGUCAUGUGGUUCUGAAAUGUGUGUGGUGUUGUACCACCAGCCCUCCGCACCAGCUGACGAAGAAGGCCAUUUCCUGUUUAAGUGGAAUGAUGACAACUGCAGCUGCAAAAACAACUUUGUCUGCAAAUACAAGGAAGAGAAAAUGCCAGUAUUUACAGGAGACGGGAUCAUAGUAGAACCAGUUCCAUCUAUGAGGCCAAACAUAUCCACAGAAGGGGAUGUCAGAAUAGCUAUUGGAUUACCUGAGUCGUCAGUGUCUUUCUCGGACAACAGCCUCUAUGUUUCCUACAUCCUAUAUGCCACUAUUCCAGCUAUGCUGCUGCUGCUGCUGUUAGCAGCUGCUGGGUUCUUCUGCUACAGACAACAUGCAAAAAGGAGGAAGACGGAAACAGAGAGUUUCCCCGGCAGAUCGAAGCAGCUGAUGCCAACAGCACCUUCGGUUUCCUCCAUUCAAGGACCUUACGCCUUUAGUGACAUCACUAAGCUCCCUCAUGCCGCUCUGGACUACAGGACGCAGGCAGAAAUCAUGACAAAGUACUCCUGCCCAUACUCACAUGACGCCCAGUAUCCCGAUUACGAGAACGUGACGUGUUCAGAGAAGGAGACCGGCUUUGUGACGAACGAUAUCUACGAGAGUGCCAGGACUCAGAGUCGGCGGUGCCGCAGUCAGGAUGGAUGGGUGGAAAAUGAGAUCUAUGGCUAAUGUUGUUGAUGUCGAUCUGAGCUCCAGAAACAUCUGUGAACUUGUAAUUGUUAAAGGAACCUUAUUAAGCUAGAAAGAGGAACAUAUACUGGUCUAUAUCUCUUUCUUUCUACAUAUCUUGCUAGAUUACCAGUGAGGUACGCAGUCUCAACAUACACAACUGAGUUUGAACUGGUUUUACGUGGACUGGUUUCAGAGUGUGAAUUUAUUCCUUGUGUAUAUGUCGCCGCUUAACAUCUAUGUUUUGGUCAGUUAUAACACUAUAUUUAGGACGUUAUCAUAUCUGUCAAACCAUAUUAAAUAAAUGUUGAUAUUAAUAAAAACAAAAGACAUGUUUACAUUAUUUUUGGUUUUAUGGAUUUUUACAUGAUGACAGAGGUUGUUUUUUUUUUACAGUCCUUGUACAUUUUGUUUUGCGAUUUGCGACGCUACAACAAAUAGCCUCAAUGUUUUGGAGAGAUUUUAUGUGAUAAGAAACACAAACAGUGGUAGUUAUCUACCAUGGUGUGAGGUUUCCUGCCCACAGCUCUUAUUAAAGGGAUCUACAGUUUUGUUGUUAAAUUAAUUUAUGAAAAUAGACCAUUCCAAAGCUGUUAUUUUCCUAUUUAUCGGCUCCUUGACUGGUUACUGUAUCUUGUCUUUUCAUUAGUUUUGUAGAAACAAUCAGCUUUUGUUUCAUUGCUACUUUCUUCUAUUGUUGACCAUUGUCCCUUUUCUGCCAUAGUUUAAAUAGAAUGCUGGAGAACUUUUGCAUCCUUCUCCUGACUGAUGCCUUUGUUCAAUCAAAUAUUUGCCAGCAGAGGUUUACAUGAGGUUGUUGGUAUUAAGCAUAACUGAUGGCAGGUAAAAGCUGAAGCUAAAUCAGAAGAAUAUUCAGAAAAGUAGUAGUGUGCAUACUUAUGCAACUGGGUUAAUGUCAUCCCAACCCCCCUUUUUUGUCAGAUUUGUUUUUCAGAUGAAUUGCACCUGAUAAAUGCCCCACCUGUAAAAAAAAUUUAUAAAGCCUAUUUAUCAGGUUUUCCUAAAGGUUACCAGUCAUAUUUAUAAGCAUGUCAGUCUGGUUAAAAGUUAUUGAGAUAUUGUGCACAUUUGAUAAAAAUGCCAACAUGACAAGAACAGUAAUAAAGAAAGAAAAUAGAUAUCGCCUAUCUUGAUGCGACACAUUUUUCUGAUGUCAGGCUUUAUUUUGAAUAUUCAAAAUUACAUUUAUUUAUAGAUGAACUGAUUCAGCAUUUCUUUGCACACUUUCAGGAAUCUAUUUUUUUUUAAAGAGGAAGUCGCAUGAUUAAAUACAUUUGAAGUAGCAAUUAAACACUGUAUAUACAAUAAUGAUAUACACUGAAUAUACUUUUCUUGAAAGCUUUGGUUAAUCCCAAAUGAAUCUUCUUGAACAUUAGUAUAUAGUUUCGCAACAUUUGUUGAGAUAAUAAAAAACAUCCGUGUGGUGCACUGUAAAAAUGAACUUUUCAUUUCGGGACUGUUUCAACCCCCUUCGUAUGAAAUCAAAACUGUCAUCACAGUAGAAAGCUUCCUGUUUGGCUGCUGAUGUCAGGGAACAGGACAGGACACGAGGAAAGACAGAUGACAGAUAACUGACCAAAGAGCUUUUUUUUUUUUUGAUAGUAAGAAUUUCUCUUUAGGUAUGACAAGAUUACAAUAUGUUACGAAAAACAGCAUCAGUUUUACCCUGUGUAAUCUGUUCCUCUGUAUAAAUUUGAAAAGACAACACAAAAGCCCAUUUCUGAAAAUAAAUGCCUGCGUUUUCUCUGA